AUGCUUUCCAUCGAGCCUGGUGGUAUUCGACCUGGCGGUGGUGGCAUCCAACCCGGUGGUGGUGGCAUUCAGCCUGGCAGUGGUGGUAUCCAACCCGGAAGUGGUGGUAUCCAGCCUGGCAGCGGUGGUAUCCAACCCGGCAGUGGUGGUAUCCAGCCUGGCAGUGGUGGUAUCCAGCCUGGCAGUGGUGGUAUCCAGCCUGGCAGCGGUGGUAUUCAGCCUGGCAGUGGUGGUAUUCAGCCUGGCAGUGGUGGUAUUCAGCCUGGCAGUGGUGGUAUUCAGCCUGGCAGCGGUGGUAUUCAGCCUGGGAGCGGCGGCGUUCAGCCUGGUAGUGGUGGUACCGCCCAGCCUGGGACUGGAGCCGGUGGUAGUCCCGGUGGCGGCGGUAUCAGCCCUGGAUCCUGGACCUGCCCCAACCCUCGCAAGGCAUACAAUCAGUCCCCACCAGUCACCACACGGAUCUCCUGUCCUGCAAGCGAUGGAAGUAUAUACGAGACAGUUGAUGGUAGCUGGUACUACCUGCAAUGCUGUACGCAAGGCGCCCUCAACGCACUGUCUGUCGGUACACCGCAGGUCUCUAGUAUGGAGGAAUGUCUUGAAAAAUGUGCGAAUGUAGCCAACUGCGAAACUGUCUCAUUCGAGCCUUCCACCCUCUAUUGCAACCUCCUCGACUUCGGUUCGUUUUCUCAAACCUCCCACGGAAGCCAGCUCCAUGCCUUCCCGACUUCUCCUCCGGCCACAAAACAGCCCAGCAUGACAACCCGUCGUUGCGCUACAACCUGUCCUGAGGCUAAUGGCCAGAUCUACGUGAGCCCGUUCGGUGAGACCUUCUACAUGAGCUGUGGAAUGCGUCACGGCACCCCUUAUCUCAACGUCGAGUCUGUUUCGACCCUUGAAGAUUGCAUGGAUCACUGCGCGGGCUCUCCUUCCUGCAGCAGCGUUGACUUCGAUCAAAACAAGCAAGUGUGCUAUUUGAGCAACAAUGACAGCCCGCCAACUAUCGCAGCUCCUCGAUUUGCCGCGGCCCACUCAGUCGGUUGCUCUGGAGCGUGCGAGGGCUGUGGUAAGAAACAGUGUGGCACCCAUCAGCCCAAGCCCGACCCGACUCAAUGUGUCGACAAUCAGAUUGUUAAUGUUGGCAACCACCCAUUCCGGGUGAAAUGUAACCAAUGUUACACAGGCCUCACAGCUCAAUCAGUCGCCAAACCUGAAGCGAAGACACACGAGGAAUGCAUGCAGCUUUAUCUGUUGGAAGCUAAUAACUAUAUUGGAGCGCAUUGGCUGAAGAAUGGCGGGUGUACUUUGAAGCCUGCUGGAUCUACACUCUCGGGUCAUGUCGACUGCACUGCAGCCUUUGUCCCCCUGUGGAAGUAA